UCUAAAUGUAUUACAUCGCUCAUUAAACGUUGCUUUACUUUUGUCGACAGAUCAAAAAAUAUUACAAGUAUUUUUAAAAAGAAUAUUAAUAUAAAAUUUAUUGGAUUGUUCAAAAAAAAUUGGCUUAUACAAAAAUCAUUUAAGCUUUAACGAAUUUAUGUAAAAGUGAUUUAUAUUAUUAUAACAAAUAUGCAAAGACUCCCUUUAGCAACUUUGGUAUUAAUCUUGACGUUAAGAAUAACAUUUUCAUUAGAAUUCAAAAAUGAAGAUGAAACUGUAUGUACUUCAGUAUGUAAUGAAGGAGCCGACACCGUCACAUAUGUGCAUUUUGAACCUAAUAAAAUAUACUAUUAUGAUUUUGACGGUAAAACUACAAUCGUCACCCCUACAAAUAGUCAGUACAAUUCAUCAACGAUCGUAAUCAAAGGAAAAGUACAAAUAAUGGGAGUGGACAAUUGUGGAGCAAUACUUAAUUUGAGUGACAUUGAAAUUCAGGAAGGGAUGAAGAUGUAUAGUAAUACAGACUUAGAAGGAUCUCCAGUGUUAUUUUCUUACAAUAAUGGAAUAAUUUCUCCAAAUAUUUGUACUUCGGAUAAUGAAAAAACGUCUUCGUUGAACAUAAAACGAGGAAUUAUUUCUGCUUUACAAAUUUCAUUGUCACAUGAUAUCGAUUCAGAGUCAAUUUUAGAGACCGAUAUAUUAGGGACAUGUUCUACUAAAUACACAUAUUCAACAAUAUCUGGGAAAUCCAUGGUAACAAAGGAAAAAGAUUUUACAAAAUGUACUGAACACGAAACGGUUUUUAUUUCUGAUUGGUCAAAAUUGCGACCAACAACGAACUAUAAAAAUUCACCGUUCUCUAAAGCUCAGCAAAAUGCAAAAAUCAUUAUUGAUGACUUUAGCAUUUAUUCAGUUUCUAGUAAUGAAAUUUAUAACUAUCAACCAUUUGGUCAAAUAGGUUCAACCACAUUUAUUACGGCUAAUACUAGAUUAAUCUUGCAGCAAAAAAACUAUAUAACUGCAGGAGAAAUUAAUUUGCCAACUGUAUCUCGAUCGCUAAUUUUUGAAAAACCUACUCCAAAUAUUGAACUGAUAAAUGAAGCUUUACUGGUAAAAGUUGCUGAAGAAGCUUCAGAAAAUGUAGAACCAGUGAUCAGUUAUAAUGGAUCUAGGACAUUCACUCAUCUCGUAACCCUAUUAAAGGAUUCUACUAAGGAAGAAAUUUUAGCUGCCUUUUCUCAAUUAAAAAGUAGCACUAGAGUUAAAAAUUCAAAAGUUAUCAGAUCUAUUUUCGUAGAAGCGUUGAUUUUAACAAAUAGUGGUUCAUCGAUUGAAGCUGUUGCUACUUUAGUAAAACGUAAUGAAAUUAGCGAUAUGAUGGCAGCUUCAUGGUUUAUUAGAUUAGGAAAUGUUAACAAUCCUACGUUAUCUUCUAUAGUCAUAGUGUCGGACUUGCUCAAUGGAAGAGUUCAAAAAGAAGCAUAUUUAGGAAUAGGUUGUAUGAUAAGAAAAUAUUUAGCCUAUACAAAUCAAUAUGAUAAACCUGAAAUAGAUCAGGCAUUGAAAAAUCUGGCAGGUCCUUUAGCACAAGCAGGCCAAAUUAAUAUUUCUGCUAAAGAUGAAGAUCUAGCGAUUGCUAGUCUUAAAGGAAUUGGAAAUAUACAAUAUAUGAGUGAAGAUUUGACCAAAUAUAUUGCAAUGCUUAUUGUUGGUGAUCAAGUCAAGCCAAGAAUUAAGGCAGCAGCUUUAGACAUGGUUAAAACAUAUGCUCAGAAUCCUUUGAUUCAGGAAGCUUGUAAAAUUAUUUUUAUAAAUAAAAUUAAAGAUUCCGAGCUUAGAAUUAAAGCUUUCUUAGUAUUUGCAUUAUAUCCAACAUCUAAUAAAGCCUCAAUAAUUAAGAAUGUACUGGAAAGUAAAGACUCUAUAAAUCAACCAGUUCGAACAUAUAUAAUGAGCUAUUUGAAUAACCUUCAAUCAACAAAUGAUGCACAAAAAUUAGAUCAAAAAUCAAUUUACGGAAGAAUACAAUAUGAAUCAAAGAAUAAAUCUUUUAAUGACGUUCUACGGUUUUCUCAAAAUUUUGAAUUCUCACAAAAAUGCUCAAUGUUCAACAGCAAAUUUAUUGCAAACGGUGAUGUUUUAUAUUCACAAAAAUCUUUUGUACCACGUUCAACUUCAUUUACGUUAAAAACUACUAUUUUUGGUCAUAGUUAUGAUGUACUAGAGAUAAGUUAUCGAGGUGAUAAUAUGGAGCGUAUUUUAGAAUCUGUAGAUGAACCCAUAAGAUAUUUUUCAAAGAAAACUGCAGAUUUACUAAAAGAUGCAACAAAAUAUAAUAAUGUGAAAGUUUUAAAUGAAAAAUCAAAAUAUAGAGAGGUGAGCUCUGAAGAAUCUUCUGAAAAAUCAGAUGAACCUGUUAAUAUAGAUUUAGUCUUAAAAGUAAUGGGUAGUGAUAUUAGUUGGUUUACUUUUCAUGGUUUGAAAAAUCAAGUUACAUAUCAAAGUUUAAUUGAUGAACUUAACAAACAUUUUGAUGACACUUUAGAAACAGCAAAAGACAUUGACUUCAAUAUUAGGAAGUUUAUUCCUAUUUUAGAUAAUGAUUUAACUUAUGCUACUAUGACUGGUUUUCCUAUCAACAUGAAAAUUCAAGCAAAUUCUAUUAUUAAAUUUAAUAUGAAUGCUAAUAUUUUUAUGAAAGACUAUAUAGAAAACCCUCAAAAUUCAAAAUUUGCAUUACAAUUCAUACCAAGUGGAUCAGUGGACUUUAAUACAAUGUUAUCUGUGGAUGGCUAUGUAGUUGAGGUAGGGAAUAAAAUAUCGUCUUCUGCUCAUACAUCUUCCGGGUCUAAUUUUUUCCUGAGAACUGUCAAGGGUCGUGGAAUUGAAAUGGUCGUGGGUUUACCUUUACCUGAAAUGGAUUUAUUGACAUUUGAAUCAGAGGCUUUUGCAACUUUACAAGAGUUAGGCGAACCACUUCAAUAUAAAUCAUUUUCGACUGAUGUUAGAAAACAAUCCUUCUCGAGAAAUUUUGAAAAAUUUGGAAAAUUAGCAGGAUUAUCACUUUAUGUCGAUUAUAGUUUCUCAUGGAAUAGUAACUUUAAACUAAUAUCACCAUACAAUGGACGUAUUUCAAUGUCCGUUAAAUUAAGAAAAUUCGAUCAAAGUUUAACAAAUUAUGUUUUACAAGCUUCUUAUAAUAAUGUUUUAAUAAAUCGAAGAUCGGUUAAAAUAACAUUUAGUACACCAAACUCUGACAUAAAUCGUGAUAUAGAAUUUGCAAUGGGUUAUGACAUGUUGAAAAAAACUAAAAUAAUUGCCCACUUAUUGACUUCAUCAAAAAAAAUUAUUUUUACUGGGGAAUUUGUGAAUAAAAAUGAAGAAAAAUCAAUCGAAAUAAAAUAUUUAAGUGAUUCAGAACACACCUUAGCUCUCGGAAUUAAAGGUGAACAAUUUGAUGAGAAUAAAAUCAGCUAUUCUCCAAUUUUCAAAGUUGAAUACAAAGAUAAAUUCAAUUCCGAACCAAAAUCUUAUUUACCUAAUUUGAACAUUGAAGGAAACGUAAUAAUUGAACAUAAUACUACUAGCUGUUAUAAGAUUACACUAGAGGAUUUGGCUGUAGUUGUAUCAAAAUUUAGGCCAUCCUUAAAAGGGUCAAUUAUCCUUGAAGGCGAUGAGUUUAAUAUGAAUACUCAGGUGUCUCUUGUUACUCAUAAUAUUACAACAAAAAUCAUGGCUCAAAUAUCAAAUCCAUUUUAUAAACUUCACGUAAAUUUUGAUGUUGUACAAAACUCAAAAUCAACCCAACUAUUAAAUAACGUUGAAUCACGUAGUAUAGCUUUGGGGAGUCCCAUAAAAAAAUUAAAAAUGAGUUUUUCUUAUCUAUUGAGAAUAGCAGAACCCUAUAAUAUUAAAAGUAAAAAUUACAUUGAAUGGAAUGAUUUUAAUGGUGAAAUAAAUGGAAGAUUAUCUAAGAAAAAUAAAAAUUUUAGCUUAGACGGGGAUGUUUAUGUUGUUAAUUUGUUAAAUCAUCAAGUUAAUGGGAAAUUCCAAAUUAAGUCAAGAAAUCAAAAUUCGGGAGCAACUGUUUUGGGAUUUAUAUAUCAUAUUCAUGAUAGCAAUCCUGAAGAUAAAAACUAUAUUAGUGUAUCUUUCAUUGAGGAUUCUAACAAUAAGAGUGGAGAGUUCGAAUUUAAUCUACAAUGUCCAAGUGUUUUUGGAGUAUAUAAAAUUAAUUCAGAUUAUGAAGUAAAAGAUGAUUCUUUCAAAUUUAAUGUUAACGGAACAAUUCAAGAUGAAACGAGAUUUAAAGCUAAUAUUAAACUUCAACCUCGUAAUGUGUACAUUGAUAUUUCUCAUAAUUCAUUUGGCAACAAUACUAUAAUAUUUGUACAAUAUUUAUCAAAAAGUUCUAAGUCUACUGAGUUCCAAACAAAAAUUUUAUGGCCUGGUUCUGAAGAUACAAACUAUUUUAUAUCUACUGGAGAAAUUAGUUUAGAUGUUCUUAGAGGUAAGCUGAAUGGAUUUUUAGAUUGCCCUGCUAUGAGUUUGAAGAAUGUUCAAAUAAAAAUAAAAAGUGAGCCUAAUAAUGGCUCAGAUACAGAUGGAUUGGCUGUAUUUGAGCUUACGUCCAAUGAAAAUAUUUUGUAUUCUGGAAAGUUAGAGUAUACGAUUUCCAUAAAAAAAUAUAGUAUUAUUUUAAAAGGCGAUGGUAAUAUAAAUAUUUCUCAAAAUAGAAACUUGUCUGCAACGCUUGGAUUUGUAUUUAAAGAUUAUAACGAUAAAAAUAAAAAUAAUGGAAAAGAAAUAUCAUAUAUUCUCAUCAUGCCCCAUACAAAUACGAAAGAAAAACGAUCGUACCAAAGAACUUUGAAAAUAUCAAAACAAAUGAUAAGCUAUGAGCAACUAUACCAAAAAGGCGAUCAAAAACAAAUAAUUAUUUUUGACUUCGAGCAUAAUUUUAAAAAUUUAGGCGACUUUUCCUAUAAGUUAACAUCAGAAGUUAACACACCUAGUAUAUUCCAUAUGCUUCUUGAUAACAAUCAAAACAAAGCAGAAUUAACUUCAUCUAUGAUUGUUAAAAAUAACAUGUUGGAUAAGAAACAUUUAAUCAAAAUUUAUUCUGGUGAAAAUAUUGAUUAUGAAUACGAAAUGAAACUUAUGAUCAAUUCCGCUAAAGCAGGAUUUAAACUUUUAAGAGGUCAGAGAGAAAUAACUGCUGCUCUUCAAUAUAAUAUGAAGCCUACAGUAAAAGGUUACAUGGGUACUUUGUCUGGAAUACUUUGGUUAGAUCGUUUAAGAAAACCAUAUUCCAGAUCUACAAUGUCACUCGAUGGGCAAUAUUCACUUCAAAGAGGACUGUUUGGAGGUGGACAAUUGCGUCUUACUAGUCCAGCUUUCGGAUCAAAGGAAAUAUCAGUGCUUACUAACACAGAAAUUUUAACAAAUUGGAAAAAUCCGUUGAAUAUAUCUUUAGAUCUAAAUAUUUUCCCCAAAGAAGAUCAAAGAAUAAAGAUAAAUUCUGUAUUGAUAAGAACAAAUGAAAGUGAAGGUAUAAAAUAUUCUGGUGUAUUUUCUGCUCAAAGCACUGGAAUGAAAAUGGAUUAUGUAUUAAAUGAAACUCUAAUAGUUACUCCGACACGAUGGGGAAAUCAUUUAGGUGGUUACUUUAUAGAUUACAACAACAUUAAAAGACCGAUUUUUGUGUAUUGUGAAUUAAUUUCGGGUAAACUAUUAAAUGAGCUUAAUAUAUUUGAUAUAAUCUAUUUAAAUGUGGAUUUAUCCUACGACAUUAAUGAUAAUGUUUUAAAAGCUAAGUCUGAUAUAGUAUACAAUGAACAUCCUUACAAAUUUGGCGUUGUAUUAUCAACUACUCCGCGAAUCAAUUAUUUAAUGCAAUGGAAUGACAGGUCCGGAAGUCCCGAAAGACUGAUUAUUGAUGGCCGAGCAACUAUAGAUGACUCAGCUAUAUUGAGUGCUAUCUACUUGAAGCUGGGGAAAAAAGAAAAAUAUCCUGUUGGUUACAUAAAAAAAUUCUUAAAUGAAGAAAACUGGAUGCAAACAGACAACCAUCUAAAUAGAAAUCAAGUAGCAGACAUAACUAAAUCUCUUAAAGGAGAAAUCAUUGAACGUGUUGUCACUCUGCAUAACAAUAUGAAUAAUAUUGUGACUUUAGUUAAAAAUCAAUAUGCAUAUCACCAGACAAGAUCAAGAAACAUUAGCCCUUAUUCAAAAUUAGCAACAAGAUACAUUAAUGAUCAAUAUAGUACCAUUAAAAGAGAAUUUACUGAAGAUCAUUAUUUAUGUUCUGCGCCCACAUUGAGUAUGCGUGUCGUUCGCGCACUUUCAUUUGAUUUUAUUGAUUUUUUAAAACUCGAAAGUGUUAUUGAUGCGUUGAGUGAAAAAAUUGAAAAAACUACAACUUAUUUGGACGAAACUUACAAAAACACUAUUAAUGACUUACAAAAGAAGUAUUCAAUGUUAGUUGGCUCUUUAAAUAAUAAAAUUAACGAUUUGGAGAGUAAUAUCGAGAAUAACGUUCCUGAAAUACGUGAAUAUAAAAAUCUUGGUUACUCUUUAAAAUCAAACAACACUGGAAGUAGUCUUAAUCUUAUUUUUAAUGGCAUCAAAAAACGAAUGAAAAUUGUUGAAGAAUCAUCAUUUCAUAAAAUCUUACUAGAACGUAUUGAAAAAUUAUCAAAAAGUCCUGUUGUUGAAAAAAUAUGGAAAUCAUUACAUAAAUAUUUGCUAGGUUUAAAAGAUUCAGUCCAUUCUAAAGACAUGGCAGAUUUAAUGUCAGCAGUUGAUAGUUAUUUGGAUAAGGUGGUUCAUGAUGGAUUUAAAAACACCAAAGAUGAUCUAGUUCAAAUAAAAGACAAAUUUGUGGCUACUGUUAGAUAUAUGAUAGUGUACUAUCCCGAAUACAUAACCUAUCAUAGAGUAAUGGCUGCUGUUCAUAUGAUAAACAGUACUGAAAUAUCACUAAAAUCGAUUUAUAACUCAAUAAAUACUUUACCAAACAGUCUGAAAAGUAAAAUAACUAAACUAGAUAACGAUGAAAUUCCUGAAGAGUCAAUAAAAUCAAUUUAUUCAUGAAAAACAUAUUAAAAAAUACAUUAAUCAAAAAUUAAAUCAAUAAUGAUUUAUUUUUAAUUUAUUUAAUGUAAAAUUAAAAUAAAGGUAGUUUAUAUAUUAAAAUAAUUAUUUGGUCAAUUUUUGAA